AAUCCAAGGAGAAGAGCAACCCACCAAGGCAACAAAACUAGUGAGAAUGUUGGGAGGGAGAGGAGGGGAAAAGGGGGAGGCCAUGGCCUCCCUACUUCUCACUCUCUUGCUAGUGUUUCUCUCUCUGAGUUUACCUCUCAAGGUACAAGGAAACUACCUCUACUCUCCUUCCCCACCACCAUUACUAGUACCACCCAAGGAGCACCACCACCCUCAUCACCAUUACCUCUACAAGUCACCACCUCCACCACUUUACCACUACAAGUCACCUCCACCCCCUUCUCACCAUCAAUUCCCCCCCUACCAUUACAAGUCACCACCUCCACCUCCUAUUUACAAGUAUAAAUCACCACCACCACCUCCUCUUCACUACCAUGAGUCAUCACCACCACCUCCUUACCAUCAACUUCCACCCUACCAUUAUAAGUCACCACCACCACCUCCUCCUCCUCUUUAUAAGUAUAAAUCACCACCACCUCCUCAACAUCAACUUCCACCCUACUAUUACAAGUCACCACCUCCACCUCCUCCUCUUUAUAAGUAUAAAUCACCACCACCACCACCUUACCAUCAACUCCCCCCCUACCAUUACAAUUCACCACCUCCACCACCUCCUACUUACAUACACAAAUCACCACCACCACCACCUCUUUACCACCACAAGUCACCACCACCUCCUCACCACCACCAUCAUCAUCACCCCUACCAUUACAAGUCACCACCACCACCAUCUCAUCCUUGCCACUACAACUCACCACCUCCUCCAACUAUUUACAAGUAUAACUCACCACCUCCACCUCAUUAUCACCACCAUAAGUCACCACCUCCAUACCAUUACAAGUCACCACCCCCACCUCAUGGCUACAAAUACAAAUCCCCACCACCUCCACAUGUUUACCACCAAUAUCCUUCACCUCCUCCCCCUCCUUAUUACAACUAAGCAUGUUGUAUGAAGAGUGCCCAAGAGAAAUGGUGGAUAAGGACAAAGGGAUUUGUAAGAUGGUAGUAAUGAAAAAAGAAGAAUAAGAGAAGAUGUAUAUGAUGCUUGUUUAGCAAACUGGAGAGGGGAAAUAUCAAAUGUAGCAUCUCUGGUACUUUUAUUGCAAGUAAUAUGGAAAUCUAGUACUGCUAGAAGCUACUUUAUGUGAACAAUGGAGGAGAAGUUCCAAAGUAAAGCUACAACAAUUAAUAUAUGUUCUCCUCUAAAGUAAAGAUGUGUUAAAAGCAGUGCAAUAUAUGUUUGGUUAUGGUUAAAAUUAAUGUAUUUUCCUUGCUGCAAUUUGUGUAAGUGCUUUCUCUACUUAAUUUGAGUAUCCUGGAUUAAUGACUA